AUGGAACUAUGCAUGCAGACGUACUUCAAAUUCGAGGAUGAAAUCCACGAAUCGCUGAAAGAAGCACCAAUGGGAUCACCAAUUUCCAGAUUCGUAGCCGAAGCCAUAAUGCAGAAGCUGGAGAAGGAGGUACUACCAAGAAUCGUUCCAAAACUUUGGUUCCGAUACGUUGAUGACACAUUCGUCAUCUUGAAGAAGUCGGAACUUGACCGAACAGACAACAUUAUCAAUAAUAUAUUCAAUGGCAUCAAGUUCACAAUGGAAACCGAGAAGGACAAACAAUUAUGA